AUGGUUAUGUAUUCAACCAUUGUCAAUGGGCUCUACAGAACGGGGAACACCUGCAGGGCUGUUAGUUUGCUUAGGAUAAUGGAAGAGGCAAGUUGUAAACCUAACACCCUAGUGUAUACCACAAUCAUUCACAGUCUUUGCAAGGAUAGAAUGGUGGAUGAUGUUAUAAAACUCUUCAUAGAAAUGAAUGAAAAGGGUAUUUUCCCAGAUGUUGUCACUUAUAAUUCUUUGAUUCAUGGCCUAUGUAAUUUUGGUCAGUGGAAGGAGGCUAUCAAAAUCUUAAGAGAAAUGUUGGAUAGUGGUAUUGCUCCGAAUGUUCGUACAUUUAAUGUGUUGGUGGAUGCAUAUUACCAAGGAAGGGAUGAUGAACGAGGCAGAGGGGGCCACAUGGAUGAAGCAAUUAGAGUGUUCAAUAACAUGGUGGACAAGGGCCUUUACCCUAACAUUGGUUUGUUUCGAUCAAGUAGAUGUUCGGCUGCUCUAGAACUUUUUAAUGAGAUGCAAGUUGUAGGCAUAAUUCUGCAUUCUCAAACUUAUGGUGUCAUAUUGGAUGGGCUGUGCAAAAACAGGAAUAUUGCUAAAGCAUUGUCCUUAUUCCACAUGAUGGAAAGCAACGGUUUAUAUCUUGAUGUUGUUGUUAGUAUAUUAUUAUAUGUUAGUGUUUAG